AUGACUGGCACGGAGGGCUUCCCUUCGGCCAGAGAUCUGCCUCCUGCUGUCCGACAACGGACCCCGCUCGACAGAAGCUCUCGUGCCGGUGAGCCUGUGGUAUGUGGCAUUAAUUCGGGAUCAGGACUGCUGUUCGGCGGCCGCACGUGCGCUCCGGUCCCUCUGCCCGAUGUCGGCUCCCCGGAGCCGCGCCAGAGCCCCUUUACCUGCGCGCUGAUUGGCGGCUGCGGUUUGCUGCAGUCAUAUCUGAAGGUCAUCAAACAGCUUUAUCUAUCUCUGCUGGGGCUGCUGGCGCUGCUUGGCGUCCUCCGUGACUGGCUGGCCGUUGCUCAAGCUCAGAUGCAGCAACAAGGUUGGCGCUCUGGGGAGUCAGAUCUAACGAACCAACCUGCUGGAUUUGCUGUGUUGUAA